GCCGUCGGGCGCCGCGGGCGCACGGCGGGGCUCAGCGCCGCGCCGGCACCCUCUCUCUGCCGGCUGCGGCAGCGCCCUGUGAUACCCAUCACUGCGCCUUCUCGCCCUCCUUCUUCUUUUUUUUUUUUUCUUCCCCCCCUUUUUUUUUUUCCCCCCCUUCAGAUUUUUGUUUUACAGCGCGCUGAGAGCAGCCUCUCUGCCAUUUACCUGAUCUGCAGGUUUGUUGUAUCUAUUUGGGUGCUUUUUUCCUCCUCCUUUUUUGCUGUCCGGCUCACUCCACCCCCGAAUUUUAUCUAGUUGUAGCAACUUGCUGCUUUUUUUUUUUUUUUUUUUUUUUUUUUUUUUUUUUCCCUUAUUAUUAUUACUGGUGUUUUUUUCACUGGCGCCUCCCGUGCGUUUUCCGAUUGAGAGCCGCCCUCGCAGCCCGGUUUUUAAGAGCAUUUUGUCUGCAGAUCUCCCCUUUGUUUGCACAGAUCCCCUUUUUAUUUUUUGAUUAUUUUUUCCUUGUUGUCGUUCGUUGUUAAAGUCACUUUUUUUUUUUUUCCGGGAGGGGGGGGCGCUGUAUUUAAACACUUAAAAUGCACUGCUAUCUCCUGAGCGUGCUCCUCACCGUGGAUCUGGCCACCGUGGCUCUCAGCCUGUCUACCUGCAGCACCCUCGACAUGGAUCAGUUUAUGCGCAAGAGGAUCGAGGCAAUCCGGGGGCAGAUCUUGAGCAAACUGAAGCUCACCAGCCCCCCGGACGAGUACCCCGAGCCCGAGGAGGUGCCCCCGGAGGUCAUCUCCAUCUACAACAGCACCAGGGACCUGCUGCAGGAGAAAGCCAACCACAGAGCCGCCACUUGCGAGAGGGAGAGGAGCGACGAGGAGUAUUAUGCCAAAGAAGUUUACAAAAUAGACAUGCAGCCUUUUUACCCCGAAAACGCCAUCCCGCCGAGCUAUUACAGCCUUUACUUCCGGAUCGUCAGAUUUGACGUCUCAGCGAUGGAGAAGAACGCCUCCAACUUGGUGAAGGCCGAGUUCAGGGUCUUCCGCCUGCAGAACUCCAAGGCGCGCGUCUCGGAGCAGCGGAUAGAGCUGUACCAGGUUUUAAAAUCUAAAGAAUUAUCAUCACCAGGACAGCGCUAUAUUGACAGCAAAGUAGUUAAAACAAGAGCUGAAGGAGAAUGGUUGUCUUUUGAUGUCACUGAGGCUGUACACGAGUGGCUCCAUCACAGAGACAGGAAUCUUGGAUUUAAGAUAAGCUUACAUUGUCCGUGCUGUACCUUCGUGCCUUCCAAUAAUUAUAUCAUCCCAAAUAAAAGUGAGGAGCUUGAAGCAAGAUUUGCAGGUAUUGAUGACUACACAUAUUCCAGUGGUGAUGUGAAAGCUUUAAAGUCCAAUAGGAAAAAAUACAGUGGGAAGACCCCACAUCUUCUGCUAAUGUUGUUACCCUCCUACAGACUUGAGUCGCAACAGCCCAGUCGGCGGAAGAAGCGUGCUCUAGAUGCUGCCUAUUGUUUUAGGAAUGUGCAGGAUAAUUGCUGUCUGCGUCCACUUUAUAUUGACUUCAAGAGGGAUCUUGGCUGGAAAUGGAUUCAUGAACCUAAAGGAUACCAUGCUAAUUUCUGUGCAGGAGCCUGCCCCUAUUUAUGGAGCUCAGAUACUCAGCACAGCAGAGUACUCAGCUUGUAUAACACCAUAAAUCCAGAAGCUUCUGCCUCUCCAUGCUGUGUGUCCCAGGAUUUGGAACCCCUCACCAUCCUCUAUUACAUUGGAAAAACACCCAAAAUCGAACAGCUGUCCAACAUGAUUGUAAAGUCUUGCAAGUGCAGCUAGAGGAUAUCCCUGAAACAGCAUGACGUGUGUUUAUUAAAAAAAAACAAAAAUAACCAAGGAAAAAAAGAAAGAGAGAGCGGGAAGGAAAGAAAGAAAAAUAAAAACCCAGGUUCAUCAGUGUUAAAAGAAAAAAAAAAGAAGAAAAAAAAAGCGGUACUAGUCUGAACUGUUUGAAAGUUUGUUUUGUUUUUUCUUUUUAAACUGGCAUCUGAAGCAAAACAUUGAAGGCUUUUUCCUACAUUUCACCUACACAUAGUGUGAGAUAGACAAGAAGCAAAGUUAAAGAAAAAAGAAACCUUUUAAAAAAUAAACACUGGAAGAAAUUUGUUAGUGUUACUAUGUGAAAGGAAAAAAACAGGAAAAUCCCAUGAAGUGGAGUUGCUGUAUGUGUCCCAUGCCUUACUUGAUCUCUCUGUAUUGUUACGCAAUAAGCAUCCUACCCAUUCCUCUUAGCUGUAGAGUUAACAGUGCGUUAUUUAUUUGUGUGUAAAAACUAUCAAAUGAACAUUUCUGUAUCGCCAUUGGAAAAACGAAAACGAAAGCCAGUGUGGACAAAGUGGAGACCAAAUAAGCUGCCAGAAAUACAUAUAAAGCCUAAAGGAACACAAGCUCAAAAGAAUCAGAAAAGUAAUGGUUAGUUUAGUUCGAUUAAAAUAGAAAUCAGUUAUUACAUUAUUGACAAACUCUGCCUUUAAAAUACCUUAUUUUUCAUGCCAGCUGCCUAGAGAGACUUCUUGUAAGGUCUCAAACCCUUGUUUUAAAUACUGAAUAAUUUACUAAUAAAGGACACUCUGUUUCAGUCUCAAAGACAAGUCUAUAAGAUUUUUUUUUUUUUUACUGUAAAUGAUUUAAAAUUUCAGUUUAGUAAACCAGUGAAAUAUUUAACAUGUACUGGUCUAAUCUUCAGACCUUAAUAUGUUGCUGUAUAGCUAUGCUAUGGGAUUUUUUUGUUCUUUUGGUAUAUGUAACCAUACCUAGAGCAUUACAAUAGGUGGGUAGUAGAAGCCAGCUUAAUUGGAAACAUAUCUGUAGAUCUCUAUUUGUAAACUAUUAAAAAAUUACGUACUUUAUGUGUAAUGUGUAAAUUUUCACCAUAUUUUUGUACUCUGUAAUACUGUCAGCUCUCAUGACUUUGAAUUUGAAUUUGGGGCUCUUUUUGAUCACUCAGAAUCAUGUGUUUCCCUCUAGCUGGCCAGUAUGAGUAGAGUCCCUAUAUUUUGACUUGCACUACAAAUACAUGUUUUAUAAUAAUUGCUAUACAUGUGCUUUGUAUAUUGUUCAUCAUUAUGACAUAAGCUACCUGACUCCAUUUGUUUUUCUGUUUUAUAAAAAGGGAUGGAUUAAAGCAAUCUCUCCCCCCCCCCCCCCCCCCAUCCCCUCCUUCUCCAGUUGUCCCCAUUUAUAACACUUGGAUCGUGAUGCGGUUCGGAUUUCUGGGCCUUCCGAUUUUCUUUUCGGCUGUAGACAUUCAAACAGAUGGGCAGGGAGCAAGGUGUUGAGUGAAGAGAUGUCCCAGCCUGGCUGAGGCAAGGCAAACCCUUGAAGAGAAUGACAUUCACCACUGUGCAGGAGGCUGUAGGGAGCGUCUGCCGCGCCAUGCGCCACACGGGGCAGGAGCGGGAUCGGAGCACACUCGGAUGUGUCGGCCUGGCACGCGGGAACCCGGUCCUGCAGUUCCUCUGUGGGGCUGCUCCUGCUCCUGCUGCAGCUCACAGAGGUUUGCCUUUGACUUCUGCAGUGGCUCAGCAGGCCCCUUUAGGCUGUUGGGGUGUGUGUAAGGAUUGGCAGGAUCAGACCCUUGAGUUUUUGCAAGUUUACCAAUUCUUUUCUCAAUUGAGUUCAUGCUAAAGCUUCUUUUAAAAAAACAAGGAACAUGGGGGUCCUAAAGUUUUGUUGCUGUUGUUAUACGUUUUCAUAUUAUAGAGGGAGUAAAAAGAAAAAAAUCACAUCACAUACUUCAUUUAAAAAAAAGCCCCAACCUAAAUUAAAAAAAAAAAAAUUCAUGAAGAAGCAACAAUCAUUUCUUUUCACAUGAUGGAUGCUUCUGCAGAGCAAAGAUGGAAACCUGCAAUACAAGCAUUCUGCUUGGAUGAGAAGGACAUUUUCUGCCAUUGUCCUGAGCGGUGUUGGGAGAACACUCCUGAGCUUGGUGUUGUCAGCUCCAGUUUUAAGAAGUGCAGUUUCUUUGGCUUCAGCAGAACGCUGAUGCAAAACUGAGGUGCCGUGGUGGCUCGCACCUGCAGCUUCUCAGGGCUUCUGUGGAGCCUGUGCUUACUGCCUAGAUGGGAGCAUAGCCCUAGAGAUGAUCUAAUCCCACCCACUGGCUCAGCUCAGAGGAGGAGGUAUGUUAGACUUCUGAUGUAUUUAGUGAGCUGAGGGGACCAGGUGAAAAAUCUGUCCUGCUAACACUUGCUUGAGCCAGACUUAACUCCAGUGAGAAGAUGCACUGAACUCAGCGAAACUCCUCAGGGUAAUACAUACUCUGGAUUUUGCUGUAUAAUGACAGCGAAAUUAGUUUUAUCAGGCUCAGUAUGAGAGCUGUAUUUUUGUUGGAUGGGAGAGAAGACAAGGGUGAGCACAUUUUACAAAACUUAAAAAUGUUUUUGCAGUUCUCUGAUAUAGGAAUGCAGCUCAAAACCAGUUUUGAAAAAGUGGAAUAGGAGACAGCAUAGUUGUCCAACUAUACUCACUGUGCCCUGGAUGCAGCUGAAAAUUUGGACUUGGAUUUGGAGUUUUUCUCUAAGCAUAAAACACUACUUCUGUAAGUCAUGCCCCAAGAUUGAUUUUUUUUUGUAAACUUCUAGUGUUCCUCAAAAUGCACUGAUAAUAUUUUAAAUUCUCUAUUAUAACGCUCCUACAAUUUUUUUUUUCUUGUUCAUUAGGCAUGUAUUUCCCUUCAACUACCAAGGGUAUUAGGCCAGAUCCUACAAUAUGCAGAACUCAUGGGUGAAAUUCCCCUCUACAGAGUGGGGUAAAGUGAGUCCUAAGCACCGCUCAGGUCUGAUGUAAGAACCCCUCAAAUGAUCUUUAGAUGGGUCUGCAACAGGUCAAGUGCUUUGUGCUACAGGGCCUUACUUUGGCGAGGUGAUUGCCACUGUCUGAGCAAAGUACCUGAGAACUGAUGGGAAAUGUUCAGCAUCUUGAAAGAUCAGACCCAAGGGGCUGACUGGGGCUGAGGGGGAAUCACAGCACUUAGCUGGGUGGGGUAGGACAGCACUUCUUAUGUGUUUAGCAUUAAUACAACUGUAUGGUUGGCAUGGUUUAAAGGAGAAAAAAAAAGAACUUAAAGGACAGCUGUGUUGUACUUUGGUGAUUGAUUACUCUGUAUUUUAACACAUUGUAUGUCUGUUUUUGUGGUGCUCUAGUGGUAAAUAAAUUAUUUCAAUUAUA